AUGUCGAAGUUUGAAGCUCUGAAGUACUACUAUUACGCCAUGCUAUAUGGCGAUGGCGCACACGAAAAUGAAAGUUGGACAUCUGAAUAUUCAAAUAUUUUACAUCCAACAGUGGUCGAAUCAAGUUUUUGUUCAUAUUCUACCCUUAAAACAAUAUCUUAUAUUAAUUUGGAUGAUGAAGAUCUGAGAGCGGCUAAAUUAAAUAAUAUAAUUAAAAAAUUAUUAGACAUUAUUCGCAAUCCUGUGUGUGAAGAUAUAGGAUUUGUUUGCUAUUUGCUAUUUAAAUUCUUGAAAUAUAAUGGUUAUGACGGAUACUACUUGGAGCACCUACUGCAUAUCCGUGAUAUCCUUGAUUUCCUAUCUAAGCAGGCUAAACAUAUUGAAGACUAUCAGGAUUUCCUUCGCGAGUUCCUUUAUCUCAGCGGGAAGCCACCACUCUUGCGGAAGUCCUCUGAGCUCCUGCUGUGUGCUCCUAAACUCCAACGUCACUUAACUCUCUUGGGUUAUCUGCUUUUCCUAGCACCAUCGAAAGAUGCAUUUUUUACCGUCAAGAACGCCAUUAUGAACUUCGUUCACGGCGAUGAUAAGAAGGCAAGGAAGGAUGCGGUAAAACCGUCCAUGUGUCGCGAAGCCGUUAACUAUUCCAAGCUUCCAUUCAUCCUCAUUGAACAUCUGGCGAUUACCUCGGACGAGAUUUACACGGACAUUUUGGAGAUAAUUUUGACAAUACUUCCUUUAUCGCAAACUGUUUCUAACAGGUUAAUUGCAGCUGGAAUAGAAGAUCAACUCCUUUUGAAAUUGCGUCUAACUUCUUGCAUUAAUGAAACAUUGUACAAUAGUAAAUAUAUUCAGAAAAAUCAUAUCAUUAUUCCGAAAAUUCUUUGGAAAUUAAUGUCAACUUUAAUUGAAUCAGAAAAUCAACCAGAAAAUGCAAAACAUUGUAAAUCACCAUCAUUGGAUGCAAUGUGUUGCCUCCGCAAGAUAUUGAAUUUGAGCGUAAUUGAGGCUAAACGAAGUACGCGCUGCAAAACUUUACGCAACGAACUCGUGAGGAUGAUCCUAACGAAUCUUCUUGGUCGCGCAUCAGACUACUCCGAAUGGGACUUCGUUGGCUCAGGAAUUGCUGAUGAUUUGGCUAUUCUUGCUGUGGCGACAGAAUGCGGGACACAGAACACUUGGGCCGAGAAUGCCAGUAUCGAGACUAAAAAUCAAGAUGACCUAAUUUUCAAGAGGACACUUCUAAUUAUCGUCACAUUAAUAGCUGAGGUGCAGCCUGAAACUGUACCUCUCCUAAAAGAAAGGAAAUUAAUAUUUGGACUUCUUCAAUUUUUUCAACCAUAUUCCGAAGAUACAAAAUUACCUUGGAAUUUUGAGCAACGUUGGCAUCUCUUCAAAUAUGUAUCUAACGCACUUAUAUAUCUUGUUCCGAAAAUACCAGAAGAAUUUAUAAAUUUCAACGACUUGAUUCAACGGGUUCUUGAAUUUGAAGCUUUAUCAAUAACUCACCAAAAAACUAUAUCUUUUCUCCUUAUAACUAUUCAAAAUAUAGUGGAAAAUCAGUGUAGUCCAUUAGAAAUUAAUGAACUAGUAUUCAAAAGUGCAUUUAAUUUGUUAAAUCGAUGCAGAUAUCAGAAAUGCGAAGAUUCUAAACUUGAGCAAAGUUAUCUUAUUACAAUUGGUUCAUUUAUUUGGAAGUGUUUAGUUCCUAAUGCGGAUACAUUUAUACAAUUUUUGCAAAAAAGUGGGCUUUACUUGUUUUUAGACAUCAUGGAAAAUGCGAAUGUUUAUGUACAGAAUUUUUAUUUGGACGUACUUACGGAUAUUUGUGAAAAACAAUUUAGUAUUCAUUAUUUAUUUUCUUGGAGAUGCGCUGAUAAGCAGAAGAAUUUAAUAUCUAUUUUAACACAUAUUUGGAAGAUGGUAGUGAUGGAAUCACCAUUAAUAAAUAAUAGCCAAACGCUUUAUCUAUAUUACAUUAAAUCGAUACGCAAUUCAAGUAAUAUAAUUACAAUUGCAACCCGUCCAGCUCGAGAAAAAAUAGUGUUUUUAAUUAAAUUAAUGCAAGAUUAUGAAAAAUAUCAAAAAGAUUGUUGGAACAUAUUAUAUAAUAAACUUACUAUAGAAGAACGUUUAACGUUUCUGGAGAUCGAAACUUAUGACGGCAUGAAGGAGGACGAGGCGAUGAUGGAGAUAUCGAAGACGCUGGACUGUGCAAAUGUCUGUCCUCUGACGAAGUCUCGGGAAAAUUUACGUCCUAUGAAUAUGAGGCUCUACGAUUACAAUGUACGUUUAAAAGAGGGCAAACAAAAAUUGCUGGAUAUGUGGGUUGUCGAGAAACUCGAGGAAGAAUAUCAGGAAUACCAGAACAUUCAAAAUGCCAAACUUAAUCCCGCGUUUGAUGCGCUCAAAGUCUUUGAAUACAUUGCCAGGACGAGCAUCAAGGAUUAUAUGUUAGCAAAAAAAACUAAGCAGAAAGCAUUAAUCGAUGCAAGCAUUAGAAUGAUGAAAAACGAGACAGAAUCACUGCGGAGAACUUACAAUUCUGAUACGAAUAUAACGGCUGUUUUCAAUCAGAAUUUGAAAAUACGAAGUAUAUCAAAGUCGAAUUUAAAUUUAGAGGAUGAAUUAUCUUUAGUUUCUUCUUUAACAUCUGUAGUAUCAGCAAAUGCUUCCUCAACUUGUUCAUUAACAACGGAAAAGUCGUCUGCUUUUUCAUUCUUGGGGAAGAAGUAUGUAUUUGAUACAAGUGGAAAUGUUAUUUAA